AUGUCCCAGUGGAUGAACGGUAUUCCACCUGAGCAUGUCUACAGUCUUCCUGAAUACGUUGAUCUUCUGCAAAGUUUAUACCUUUCUGGAGUGGGAGCUCGACAACCGGUUCCUCUUGUGGAAGAGUUGGAUGAAUCUGGUUGCAUGAAUCUUUUCACUGAGGUUGCAAUCAAGGGCACCCAGAAAGAAGAGACGUUGGGGAUCAAUUUAAUGACAGGUUCACAUGCAGGUCGCCUCCAAACGUGUGAUCUCUAUAAGGACUUUGACUCCCUCCUUGGCAUCUACACUCAUACACCUUAUUUUGGCGAAGCCAGACUUCCAGCCAUUUCCCGUGAUUUUAUCUCAAAUCUAUCAAAAGAGGUUCAUUUUCGCUAUGAUUUUCAAACACCUGAAGAUGUUUGCACAAAACCACAUCUCAUCCCUAAUAGCUGUAUUCUUGAGUUUGGAACCAACUCAAAAAUAUGCAUUAUGUUCCCACAAGCCUACUAUCGUGGCAGGGGAAACUCACUGCUGACAGAUGAAGAAUGUGCCCACCUUUAUGCGGCUGUCACUGUUGCUCAUCGCUAUGCAGACCCUCUUAGCAGUCAUGAACGGCCUAGCAAUUGGGAGUCUGCUUUACACCGAGCGAAUCCAUCACGUCACUCUAAAAAAGGCGCUCAUGUUCACCGCUUAAAUCUUCCUGAGCAUGCCACGGGUCCAUUCCUAGACAAGCUUCUAGACCAUCUCAAUGGGCCUGAUGGCGAACCAUGGGCAAAGAAUGCUCUGUACUACAUUGAACGCAGGGGCCUGAAGGAAUUGAAUAGGCAUCGUGUCAAUGACUUGUCAUUCCUCGAAUCCUCUGAACAAUGUCUGGAACAGUUCAUGGGAGACAUUAUUCCUCCGGAUGCUGCACUUGGCGACAUUCUCUACAUUGACACCGCUUUGGAAAUAGGCCAACAUGGUGCAGCUGUUCUCCCAAGAACAUCUCAGCAUGCCACCUUCAUCACCCGUGCUCUUGAUAUUCCUCAGGAACAGUCGAGUGUUCUGGCUACACAUGACUUCAAGGGAUACCAGAGACAGCCAUUUGCCCUUUUAGGAGAGGCUUCAGGCUGUCGCAUAAGCUAUCAUCAUGGUGCAGGGAAUCACCAGGCAGUCUUCAUACAAGUCUAUACCUCAGACAAGGCUCUGGUCGCACAUGCAUCUUCUGUCAAGAACGCCAUUUAUCUUAAGCCAUCACAUGUCUUCUUCAGGAAGGCCAAUCGCUCUGACGGUUCAGUGCCAGAGUUUAUACAAACAUCUUGUGAUGUCCUUGCUUCAGCUGCGGAAGACAUGGAUAUAGUCACAAGAAUUGAAGCUAGGGUUCCAUACGCAGCAGCACAUGCAGUUUUCCAGAAUAUUACUGGAGGCGCAGUUCACCAGUUGUUAACACUGCAUGAUCGCAAAGUUGUUUGGGGUUACAAAUUUUACCGUGCUAAGGCAUACGGUCAAGUCCUUGCCUUGCAAACAACCAGGGGCCAGGAGAAAAUGUGGAGCAAGUUAGAAGCAGCAGGUGCAACACUCUAUGUCAUCUGGUGCUUCAAUGCGACAUUGGCAUUUGAUCAACCAUGGGGAGCAGAUGAAGAUUUAGUGCUCUGCUGCGCUGAGGUUCAUAAGGAUCCAGACAUUGGCUCGUACCCUCUGCUGAAGCCGCGCACUGAUGACAAUGGUCAGAUAAAGGCCCCUGUUAUCUGGGAUGGAGCUGUGUGGAUACGGAAUAUUGCUCUACCCCCUGAUACAUCGUGUCCUCGCUUUCAAAAGGGAACGUGGACUGUUCUCAAGCAUGAAACAUGGAAAUAUUUCCUGGAUGGCCACUCCUUAAACGAGCUAGUGUCUGCUAGACAGCCAAAUACUCGUCAGCCACAUCCGAAUUACAUUCCAGGACGCAAAGGGCCAACACACCCUGCAGCUACAUCUGCCAUUCCUGAAGGACGCAUUGCAAUUCUGGAAUACCCAGUGAACAAUCAGCCGUAUGAUAUUGGAGAAGACCUAUCCUUAUCAGAGAUUGAUGAACCUGAGGAGGAGAGCACCAGCAUGCCAGAUACAUUGGCGAAAAUUAUUAAUGACACUAUCUGUGGUGUCAUGCAAUCGAUUGGAAGCCGGCGAAACCAGGGCGCUGCAUAUUGUAAGGUGGCACAAGACAAUCGUAGCCUGUUCACCACAGACACAUUCCAUGAUCUCAACCUUGGUGCCUACUUUGAUGCUGUCUGGGUGGAUCCUCGUCCAGCAGCUUGGAUACAGACUAUCAAGCUGACCUUUCCUCAUGCUGACAUCAAAUUAUCCAAAGCAGCGCAGGGAUAUCGCACCAAUCAAGGCUGGGUAGCUUUUGGAAACUACAGAGAUCGCAUUACUGAUGCAGAGAGUGCAAAGACUGUGGUUAAUCAAGUCCAGAAAGAGAUGAGAGACUGGAUAUGGUUCCCCUACACUCAGAAAGAACGUCAGGUGGAUUACAAAAAAGGAUCAAACUCCUGUGUAUAUUGGCCAGUUUCAAACAGGCAACUCAACAGUGAUCAACGCGCUAUUAGGAUAGCAGUAAAUCCUAAAUACGUGAAGAAGCUCCGUUUCGAUAAUGCGACAAGUCCAGUUCUGGGCAUUCGAACCAAUACUUUACAUCCUGCAAGCCCACCUUCGGAUAGAGAUGAGGUGGAGGAGAAUGAAGAAAAUGAGGGUGAAGAGAAUGAGGGUGAUGAAGCAUACAAUGAUGAUGAUGAUGACGAGGAGGAGGAGGAGGAGGAGGAGGAGGAGUAGGAGGAA